AGCCCUCGUCCUCAGUCUGUCCUGCAUAUCCUCGGUUGACCAUGAACACCGCUGCACGCCAUAACGUGCGCACUCCGCUCCCUGCGGGGAGCAAUUUUGACUUGGACGAAAGCGCUCUGACAUUCAAGCCAUCUCAGCUGCCGUGGGUUAAGUUAGCCGCACACUUCACGGCAAUUGAUGGCUUCGCCCCCGGAGACAUUGUCCAAAUCUACGAUGUGAAGCGCAGCUAUAUAUCUCCGUCUGCUUCUGGCCUGACGGGCAAUUGGGUUCCCAAUGACGACGACGCCCUAUAUCGCUUCCAAAAGCGCUGCAUCCGGUGGAGAUAUCACGUAGCUGCAUUAAAGCCAGUUGCCCAUCGUAAGCUGCAUACGACCCUCACGGUGCCGGGUAGACCGGGCACGUAUAAGGCCCGUGGGUCAUAUGAGGCGAACAGCGUGGUAUACUUGACCGAACCCAUGCAGGUGCAGUGGAGGAACCAGACACUUAACGUCAAGCAGGGCACUGCGGUUACCAUCACUGGUCCGAGUUCUAAGAGUGGUCGUGACAGCGACAAAGCCUCGACGUUGUUCAAUGUUGAAAGCAUAUACUACACUGUGAGCGUCUACAUCAGAUUUGCUGAGGAGUGGACCACCAGGACCUGCGCCCAUGGCAGGCACUCCAGUUGUUUCGAAUCGCUCUCUCAGGAGGAACUCGACAUAGUCCAUGGGAAUUUGAGCAGAGUUCUGGACACGACGCCUCACAUUAAAUCCGCGGUGGAGCUUCCCGAAGCCUUGCGCGAACAUGGCGCGAGUCAGACGGAGGACGUUCAGAUGCUUAAGAAAUAGUCAAUUUGCGAAAAUGUAUCUGCGUAUUCCAACAAUGUUUUUGCCAAAUCGUACUUGGUGAAG